GCUCCGUCUCCUCCGGGCUUCCUGCGCGGUCCUCAUGCGGCACCACGCCAGCUGACACCUGAAGUGCGUCCGCUCUCCGCCCUCCUGGAGACUGCGGGGUCGCCCAGCGCCCCGCCCGCGGCGGUUGAAGUCGUCGUUGUGCAGACCCACGGCGGCCGCCCAUGGAGAAGAACGAGCGGGACGGCGAUGGCGUCCCCCGGGGGCCCGUACUGCACAUCGUGGUGGUGGGCUUUCACCACAAGAAGGGCUGCCAGGUUGAAUUCUCUUACCCACCCCUGAUUCCAGGAGAUGGACACGACAGCCACACUUUACCGGAAGAAUGGAAGUAUUUACCCUUCCUUGCCUUACCAGAUGGUGCCCACAACUACCAAGAAGAUACUGUGUAUUUUCACUUGCCACCCAGAAAUGGAAAUGGAGCCACAGUAUAUGGUAUCUCUUGCUAUCGACAGAUUGAAGCCAAGGCAUUGAAAGUAAGGCAAGCAGAUGUCACCAGAGAAACGGUUCAGAAAAGUGUCUGUGUUCUAAGCAAGCUGCCUCUCUAUGGAUUACUUCAAGCAAAACUUCAACUCAUUACACAUGCAUAUUUUGAAGAAAAGGAUUUUUCCCAAAUUUCUAUUCUAAAGGAGCUUUACGAGCAUAUGAAUAGCUCCUUGGGAGGAAGUUCAUUAGAAGGAUCCCAGGUAUACCUUGGUCUGUCACCUCGAGAUCUUAUCCUUCAUUUUCGACACAAGGUCUUAAUCCUGUUUAAACUAAUUCUUCUUGAGAAAAAGGUUCUCUUCUAUAUUUCUCCAGUGAAUAAGCUGGUGGGCGCACUGAUGACGGUGUUAUCCCUUUUCCCAGGCAUGAUUGAACAUGGUCUCAGUGACUGUUCUCAGUAUAGACCCCGAAAAAGUAUGUCUGAAGAUGCUGGGCUUCAUGAAACAAAUCCUCCUGCGGAUGACUUUGUUUCUGUGUCUGCACCUGCCAUGUCAAAUAGCAUCUCGGGAACUGUUAAGAAAACCAUGACAGGAAGCUAUGGCGGAGAUGCUGUCAUCAAGACCAAAGAACUUUUGUUCCAGGUCGAAAGUGACAACAGCAAAGGACUGGAACCCAGAAACACCAAUCAGUUUUUGAAGCCUCCAUCCCGCCCAUCUCCAGAGUCUUCAGAAAGUGACUGGGAGACAUUGGAUCCUAGUGUAUUAGAGGACACCAACUCGAAAGAAAGGGAACCAGUGGGGUCAGAGCAGACAGACUUCUUUCCUCAGGACUCUGUGCCCUCAGACAGUCCUCCAAUUACUGUACAGCCUCAAGCUAAUACAGGGCAGCUGGUCCUCAUACCAGGACUGAUAUCGGGUUUGGAAGAGGACCAGUAUGGCCUGCCCCUGGCCGUCUUCACAAAGGGUUAUCUCUGUUUGCCUUACAUGGCAUUGCAACAGCACCAUCUUCUCUCUGAUGUGACCGUUCGGGGAUUUGUUGCUGGAGCUACUAACAUCCUUUUUCGACAACAGAAACAUCUCAGUGAUGCCAUUGUGGAAGUAGAAGAAGCUCUGAUCCAGAUCCAUGAUCCAGAACUCAGGAAGCUGCUUAACCCAACCACCGCAGACCUCAGGUUCGCAGAUUACCUAGUGAGGCACGUGACCGAGAACCGGGACGACGUCUUUUUGGAUGGCACGGGCUGGGAGGGAGGUGAUGAGUGGAUCCGGGCUCAGUUUGCAGUCUACAUCCAUGCGCUGCUGGCUGCCACUCUGCAGUUAGAUAAUGAGAAGAUAUUAUCGGACUAUGGGACGACCUUUGUUACAGCAUGGAAGAAUACACACAACUACAGGGUGUGGAACAGCAACAAGCAUCCGGCACUUGCAGAAAUAAAUCCUAACCAUCCAUUUCAAGGCCAGUACUCCGUGUCUGAUGUGAAGUUAAGAUUCUCACAUUCUGUUCAGAACAGUGAACGUGGCAAGAAAAUUGGAAACGUCAUGGUCACAACUAGCCGCAAUGUUGUACAAACAGGAAAAGCUGUUGGCCAGUCGGUUGGAGGAGCUUUCUCCAGUGCAAAGACAGCCAUGUCUUCCUGGCUGUCCACUUUCACCAGCUCCCCCCCACAGAGUCUCACCGAGCCUCCGGAUGGGAAGCCCUGA